CUGAAAGGAGAGCCCUACUAAUGAAGAGAUGACGUGUAAAGUCGCGGAUAACUCGGAAGCUUGUGCCACUCCAGACACUGACAGGGACCAGGAAUGGGCACAGGAACACUAUCGACUGGGAAGUUUUGUUGCAUUUCCUCUUGGCUGUCCGGUUUCGGCAUCAGCACUGGCACGAGCUGGCUUUGUUUAUACUGGAGAAGGUGACAAAGUGAAGUGCUUCAGUUGCCAUACAACUGUGGAAGGAUGGGCGCCUGGGGAUUCUGCACUUCAGAGACACAAAAAGCUUUCCCCAAAUUGCAAAUUUAUUACUGAAUCUACUUUUCUGGAAAAUAACAUACAUCCUCUCGCCCAGAACUGCCAGCACAGAACUGAAAAUGGUUCCAGCAAUUCAGCCCUCCUGUGUGCUCUGGAUGACGCAUCUGAUGUGGAGGCAGAUUACCUUUUGAGAACUAGGCAGGUUGUGGAUAUGUCAGAUAGCUUUUACCCUAAAAUCCCCGCUAUGUGCAGCGAAGAGAUACGAUUAAAGUCUUUCCACAACUGGCCCCUCAAUGGCCAGUUGACACCAAAGGAAUUGGCUAAUGCUGGAUUCUAUUAUACAGGUGUUGGUGAUCAAGUGGCGUGUUUUUGUUGUGGUGGAAAACUGAAAAACUGGGAACCCAGUGACGGAGCUUGGUCAGAACACCAGAGGCAUUUCCCCAAAUGCCUUUUUGUGUUGGGCCGGGAUGUUGGAAAUGUUCCAAGUGAAUCUGUGCCUGCUGAGCUUGGGAGAGGUAGUCUGAACAAUGCACAGUAUCCAAGGAAUCCAUCUAUGGCAAAAUAUGGAAGACGUUUACAAACAUUUUUAACUUGGAUAUAUCCUGUUGACAAGGAGCAGCUUGCUGAAGCUGGGUUCUAUAGCAUAGGUAAUGGUGAUCAUGUUCUGUGUUUCCACUGUGGUGGAGGGUUGCAGGAAUGGAAGGAAAAUGAAGACCCAUGGGAUCAGCAUGCCAAAUGGUUUCCUGGGUGCAGAUUUGUGAGAAAGGAAAAGGGGAUAGAAUUUAUAAAUAAUGUUCACUUAAGAGAUGGAUGUAGGGAUUCAACAACAGAAGCUGCUGAAGGGACAGUACUUCCUACAGAUCUCAGCACUGAAGAGAAGUUAAGACGCUUGCAGGAAGAAAAGCUCUGUAAAAUCUGUAUGGCUAAAGACAUAUCAGUCGUCCUCAUUCCCUGUGGCCACCUCGUUGCCUGUAAGGAGUGUGCUGAAGCACUUGACAAAUGCCCUCUGUGUCGUACAAAUAUAAUGAAAAAACAGGAAAUUUUUAUGUAUUAG